AUGCAAUUAAGUGGAGUUGAAAAAGAUAUUUUAAAUCAAAGAACAUUAGCUAAAAUUAUUAGAAUGAAAACUAUGAGAGAAAGAAUGAGAAGAAAGAGAAUUCUUGCAUUAAAAAAGAAUUUAAGAAAAAUGUAUUUGGAAAGAAGAGAUAUGUUAUGGAAGAAACGAUGUAUUAGAUUUAGAAAAACAGCUAAUAUGAAACAAAAUGAAGAGUUAAGAAAAAGAAAAAUAGCACGUAUUAUUUGUGGAAAGAAGUAUUGGAAGAAACAAGCUCCAAAAAAAUGUUAUGAUUUUAUUGGAGGAAAAUAUCACGAUUUAAUCCAUAAACCAGGUAAAAAUAUAUUCAGAUGUCCAUUUGAAAAAUAUCAUGGAAUUACUAAAUGUGAUAGUAUUGAAUUGCCUUAA